AUGGCGCACCUCAACGUCAAGCCGGACCCGGCUCUCCUCAAGCUCCAGGCAAUGAACAAGAGCCGACAUCACCACUUCCGAUGGACGCCGCGAACAGCUAGACUCUCCAUUCUGUACGUGGCGGUGAUCCCGGCAAUCUUCGGGUACGUCGCGUACAAGACAGACGGGUUGUGGGAUCUGCGUGGCAAGCGAAAGGGAGACACCAUCUACGAGCGAUGA